CUGUUUCGUCACUAUUUCUUUGGUUCAACAAUGUCAUAAACAGCCUUUCAUUGGUUUGCGUCAAACAAUGACGCAAACAUAACUUAAAUUUCAAAAGGUAACAAAUUCUAAAGUGAUCGUGAAGGCAAACAAAACAAUUGUAACAAUGUGGUGAAUCCAAAUGCGUGGUAAGAUAUUAAAGCUCACGAAUGGUAAAGCAUGCGUCUGUCCUACAGAAAACCUAUCAACCAAUCAAUCUACAAGCUGCGACAUCAAGAAGGGCCCCCGAGUAAAGCGCAUUGUUGUCGAAGACCCCUCGCGCUUACCCCUGCCUAUAACAAUCACGCCCUACACUCAGCCCACAACGGUACAGUUCUUUGAAAAACGAAGGACUAGGAACGUCUAUAAGGUAGAAGAGGAACAACCAGUCCAAAGAGGAACAAUCCUAUGCCGAUGGUAUAAAAGACGACAAGCUUUAAAAAAACGUGAAAGACUAGCAAAAGAAAAAGCCCGUCGUGAAAGAGAGGCGGAGUUUUUAGAAGCACUUAAAAAGCAAGAAAAGGAGAAGGCAAAAUACAGAGCGAAGCAGGAACAAGCUCGCCGAGAGGAGGAAGCGAAAGCACUAGAGAGAGCUCGCCGCGAGGAACAGGCACGCCGUGAAGAACAGGCACGCCGGGAAGAACAGGCUCGCCGAGAAGAGGAACUCGCGGCACAAGAAAAGUACCGACGCGACUGCCAAGCGUGUUUCGAUCAACAACGCAAGUUUGAAGAAAAACGACGCGAAGAACUCGCGCGCGUUGAAGAGGAAUUUCGAAAGCAGUAUUCUCAACGGGAAGCAACACCUAAGGUUCAAGAGAAACGCCAAGAAGAAUUUGAAGUAAAGCCAGAGAAAACAGAAAAAAACAAGCUGUUGUUCUCGAAAAAUAAGGGCAGAAAUAUUAAAGGAGUUUCUGCCAAGCCAGCCUCCGCAUCUCGAUACGUAUCUGUGAAGACACUAAGACCACACAAGGAGUCAGUCAACGACAGAUUCGUUAACUUCUGCUAUCGCCUCUGCUGCCAGUUCUACUGCUGCGUAACCAUCAUACUGAUUAUAGGCUGUAUCAUCAUAUUUGUAAUACCAUAGAUUGUCAAAACCUUAAUAUAUUGUGAGACAUUUUAACUCGCUCUUUUCAUGUAAUAUGAUAGAUUUUAAGUGGGAAAUCAUGGGUUAUUAUUAGAUUACUAUCAAAGGAUAGCCGGGCGUAUCGCGGGUUAGAUCCCCGCGGAGGACCAACGUUUGUGUGAUCCUCGAAUGCUUGUCCUGAGUCUGUCUGUCUUUAUGCAUUUGACUUGAUUUUU